CAUCGUUUUGGGACGGAUCGACUUUGAGACCGUGUGUCCUCCUCGCAAGAGUAGAAAGCUUGGAAAUGUGUUCCUGCCCGCGGUCGGCUCAACUGCCGAAACCCUGAAAACAAGGGUCCAGCGCCUCAGAAAGUCUCAAUGCUUCAAGACCCCUCUAUUCUCGAACGAGCAUUCUGGUACAGUAGAACGGUAUCAUCUAACAAUAGACGAUUCAGCAGUUCACAAAACCGAGAAGAGACAUAAUUGGUCCGUAUUGGCAAAACCUCUGCACACAAGAUUGCAUCAUGGCGGAAGAGCAACUCGAGUCGCAAUUUCAGACACUGCAAAUCGACAAGACCAGUAUACCCGUCUAUCUACUCAAGACCAAGUCCCUUCCCGUCGACGGCUACGAAGAACAUCUCAGCAGCAACGGCAGCAGCAGCGCCGACCAUGACGCAGACAGAAGAACUCAUCAACCCAUAUUCGUCCCCGUUUUAGAACAUCGCUUCCACGAUGACGCAUUGCGCACUCUCCGUCGCGCCGCCGAACGUUUCGCUUUCGCAGGGAGCAGUCCCGCCACCGCUCGACAGCCCGCUACGCACAACCCUGCCCGUCGUUACGGCGGAAUCAUCUUCACAUCCCAGCGAGCCGUCGAUGCUUUCGGGAGUGUCGUCGCGAAGCUCGACCCGGCCAAGACUAGCAAUGGAACGCUCUUCGAUGUCGACAUGCCGCUCUACGUCGUCGGACCUGCUACCGCGCGGGGCGUCCGCGCCUUGGGCCUACCCUGUCCUGUGAUCGGAGAGGAGACCGGCUCAGGGGAGGCUCUGGCGGCGAAAAUCCUGGAGCAUUAUAAUGCUCUGCCGCGAGACGCGACGCACCAGCAUGAGCGGCCGCAGGCGUUACCCGGGAACGCUGGUGGCGCGGGGAGUGGUGGGAAUGGCGCGGGAGAGAAAUUGUCGCUGUUGUUCUUGACGGGCGAGCAGAGGAGGGAUAUCAUUCCGAAAACUCUGCAGGGUGCGGAGUUGUUCCCCUUCGAACGCAUCGGCGUGACAGAGUUGGUGGUUUAUGAAACAGGCGAGAAGGCGGAGUUUGAAGAGGAAUUUGGUGAUCUGCUGCGGGAGGCGAAGAAGGCGCGUGUUGCUGAGCAAGCGGUGGUGGUCUUCAGUCCUCAAGGUUGCGAGGCCAUGCUCAGUGCUCUGGAUUGGAUCGACGAGCAGACUGGACGGUAUAGUGCCGCCCGUCGAGAAAUCGUCUCGGGGCCGAUUAAGACUCGCGUCAUUACGAUCGGCCCGACAACGAGAGACUUCCUGAUUGAACAGUUCGGCUUCGAGCCCGAUGUCUGCUCGGAAACUCCGAGUCCAGAAGGUGUCAAGGCUGCACUAGCACCUGCUAGUACUGCGUAAAAAUCGAGAAUUUUGCUGCUCGGGUUAGAAGAUGCUGUUCUUUGUCCGUAAUAGCUUGGAACAAGAUACUGUAUGUAGAUGAGAUCGAUGAUCCUCCUCCCGCAAGGCGUAUCGAACAUUUCGAAAUUGAUGAUCUUCGUCGCCGCGUUAU